AUGUGCACCAAUCAGGCAGUGCCCCAACAUCCUAAAUUUUUUUCUUUACAGAUGCUACAAACCGCCGCUUCUCUGAUAGUCGAUGAUGGCAUGCACUCGGAGGCUUUGACCUUGGGACAGCCCGAAUAUUCGACUGGCAAUGCUCAGAGAAGACGUCUUGGUAACCGUAAACGCAAACGAAGACCUCAACAGUCAGCUACUGGCGAUGACAUUGAUAGCCCCACAGCCUCUAAUUCACCACCUUAUUGGCGGGGCCAAGUAGAAGACGACAAGGAAGCCAAAUCCUCUUCCACAAAAUCCCAAGAGACUGAGCAAAUCAUGAGACCUUCACUGCAGGCUUCCUUUAAACGCCGCAAACAACCGGCCAUAAGAGAACCCUUGGCGGCCUUAGAAAAAGAACAAAAGCUCUACGAAAUGAGAAAUAAACCCGAAACCUCUACGGAUGGCAACGUCAACGUCAGCCGAAAUUCGGCCAAUUUGAAGAAUAUUUUAAAGAAUAGCGGUGGUUUAAGUUUAAGCGAAAUAUUGCAACAGAAAAAUCUCUCCCUCGAUGAUUUGCUCAAGGGUAAACAAAAUGCUUUGCAAGCUCUACAGACAACAGCCACGGCACCACAAGAGAAAGUAAUUCAUGCCAAGUAUCCCUCAUUUAAGGCCAACUUUAAACCAAAUCCACCACCUCCUCCGAGUGUUAAACUAACCGAAGGCAGUGGUGAAGAGGUGUAUAAUUCAAAAGAGAAAUCAAAGUUGACCGCUUUACAUAGACUCAAAUUAUUUGGCAGCUCUUCGAGGCCCUCGGGCCUACAAGUGGGUUUAGCCGAUCAUUUGACCACACGCAAAAGAGACGGCGUUUUAUAUAGUUCGACCAGCAGCACCACAACUACCACAACCACGCCAAAACCCUCGACUACCAAAAUACCUUUGUACAAGAAAAUCUUGCAUCAGAGGCCCACACUGAAACCAACAUUCUUGUUAAAGAAUACAGCAGUAAUGGCCAGUGCCGAACCGGAGAGAGUGGUAACAUCCUGGGAUAGUAAAGAGGAGGCUGGGGGAAAUGAUGAAACAGAAGUAAUGAAAAUGGAAGAGGAUAUGGAUAUGGAACUAAUGGAAGAUGAUGAUUGGAAGGUGGUGCCAAGUGUGAUAAUACCAAGCACUAUUCCGCCGGAAUUAACUGAAACAACUACCUGGAAAUUGGAAACUACAAUGGCUCCAACUACUACUUCUACCACCUCGAGCACUACCACCACCACCACGUCUACGCCAAAACCUAUAACUGAGAAAUCUACUAACCGAGAUAUAACCACCUCUACUAGAAGAAUGUAUACCAGCACCAGAGGUUCUGGUAGAACAACUUAUCGUUACACCACAUCCAGCACUACCCCGGCUCCGACAACAUCCACCACCACCGAGCCCCCUACAACUACUACAACACCUUUACCCAUAACAACAACUACCACCACCUCGACAACAACCGCCAGCAGCAGCACCAUGAAUUUAACACCUAAAGCAAAUCUAAAUCUAAACACUGAAGACAUACGCGAACGCAUACAAGAAACUUUGCUCAAAAAUCUCAUAGAAAAAGAUGACUCUUUUAAGAAAUCGCCAGCAUCAGAGGAGAACGAUAGCGAGGAAGACGAUGAUUUGGAAAAUUUCUUUGAGGAAACAAUUAAGCCCAAAACCAUAAAAUAUUUUGAAACCUCCACCAUUACCACUAGAAUGAAACAGUAUACUCCCUCUUCGUUCUCCUACACCAGCAGUUCUACUACAACUACCAAUUCACCUGAACCCUCAACCACGCCCACCGAAAACCCCAACAUUAUACCCGAUUUCGAUAAUGUAGACGAUCGUACCGAUCUUUUGGAGCUGAUAGAAGAUCGUAGAUCUGGUAAUAGACUAUUCAAGGUAUUGGAACAGCGCAACAUGACUUUGGAGGAAUUAAUCGAACAUCGUAAACGUGGUUCUAGCCAAUUGCAUUUGGCCACCAUUGUAGAGAGUCCCUCACGCUUCUAUCCGGACAAAAAGGUUGUCUUACAAGACAACAUGGACAUUGUAACGGCCUUUGAAAAUUUCCCCCAUUUCAAUUUGCUCAAUUUGAAGAGUGUUAAGCCGGAUGAUAUAAAAACCGACUCACAGGGUUCCAGUUAUUUCACCUCCAUCAUUGACAUAGAGCCCACCGAUGAGGUGUACAAGAAUCGCAAGGGUGGCGGACAGGCGUUAGCAGGAGAACUGGAUAAAGCUUCUCUACUGCCAGAUCGUUCAGAAAAGUCUCUAGGUUUCUUUCCCUCUUGGAAAACAUUAGCAUUGGCCUCUUUGGGCCCCAGCAACAACAAUAAAGAUGCUGCCACCAUGCAUAACUCUAACGCAAACCCCUACUAUUUACAGCAACCGAAAAUGCUGCUUGAAAACAAUUCAAACAAUGACGAUGAGAACAACGUUGAUGAUGAUGAAGAUGACGAAGAUGUAUAUGAUAUUAAAGAAAACGAACUUACACUAAUGGGCCAUGAUAAUAACGAUGACAACGAGAAUGACUAUCAAUCACAAAAUCCCAUACAAGCUGCAGUACGUUUACCCGAACGCACAGCAGAAGCUAUAGAAAAUGAAGUGGCCAGGGCCCAUGAUUUGGUGGAUUUGGAAUUGUCGGGCCAUGGCUUUAAAAGAAGUCCCCAGGCUGCUGGGGCAUUGGCUCAUAGCCACAGACAUGGUAGUUUCUAUACAAAUAUGCCGCCUGGCAUAAAAUCAGCCAUAGUGGCCAGUGCCACUAUAGUAUUGACUGCCUUGGUAACAUUUAUGGUGAUAUUUGCGGUAUGCAAAUGGAAACAGCGCAGACAUCGCAUGAGUAAUAUAAUGAAAUCGUAUAAUGCCAUGAAAAGUAAAUUGCCCACAAUAGCAGCUACUGCAACGGCAGCAAAUGCUAACACCACCAGCUGUAAUACAACAAAUCCCAAUUCUAGGCGUUCUUCAUUUAGGGAAAUGCAAAAUUUAUUAGGUGGUAGUGGUUUAUCGGUGGCCGCCACCAUUACCACCACCUCAACCGGAGUGCCAAAUACACCCAUACAUAACUCAUCCUUAACACCCUCACCUCAACUAACAGCUUCCCAGCUACCAACAACAAUGUUGGCGGGUAAUUGCAGUAAAAACAUCAACAACAUGUACUAUCAACAUGCCAACAACAGCAUUAGCAAUAACACUAGCAACAGCAGCAGCUGUGGCCUGAGGCCAUUACAACGUCAAAGUUCAUUAUUAUUUCAGCGUUCAUUUAACCAAAACAUAAAUAACUCACACAAUAACAUUAACAGUAACAACGAUAAACCCACAAAUCUGGCCAUUUUAAGUGGCUGCAAUUUGUUGGACCUUAAACGUAACAAUAAGAUGAGCGGCUCCACCACCUCUUUAAGUUUUUCGCUGACGAGCGGUCAUAAUAUUUCCAACUCUCACAUAAACACCAUGGAUGCCAAUUCACCCGAAGUGCAAGAAUAUUUAUUUGAUACUUUAAGAAAUUCAUUUUAA